UUCCCCCUCUCCUCUUCGGCCGCUGCGUGUCCCCGCGGCGGCGGCGCCGGGCGGACGGAUCGUCUCCCGCCUCCUGCUCGGCCUCUUCUUCUCCCUCCCUCUCUCCCUGUCCGCCGGCGGCGGCACAGGCGAGGCGGCGGGAGCGGCGCCCGCCAGGACGGGGGGACGGAGGCGCCGCCUGCGGGGAGGAAGCUGGAUGAGGGUCCGCCAGCCCCUCGGGCAUGAAGGGGGACGCGGCCCUGGGCAGGAGCCGAGCGGGCGCGCCAGGAAGACAGCUACCUUCAGAUGAUACAGGACUCACUGACGAUCACUCUUGCCCCAGUCCUACUUCAUGAGAACUUCAGAAGAUAUUAACUGAGCAGAUGGUACGUGAACAAUACACAACAACAACACCAGGCACUAGCCUAGAGAGGCCGAAGAAUGAAUAUGUCUACAAAAUUGGCAUUUAUGGCUGGAGAAAGCGUUGCCUCUACCUAUUCGUUCUCCUCCUGCUGAUCAUCCUAGUUGUGAAUUUUUCUUUGACAAUUUGGAUUCUUAAAGUGAUGUGGUUUUCUCCAACUGGAAUGGGACAUCUGCGGGUUACAAAAGAAGGUCUUCGUCUGGAAGGGGAAUCAGAAUUCUUAUUCCCUCUUUAUGCCAAAGAAAUUCAUUCUCGAGUGGACUCAUCACUGCUUCUCCAGUCUACUCACAAUGUGACUGUCAAUGCUCGCAAUUCAAAUGGGGAAGUCACAGGCAGAUUAAAUGUGGGUCCUAAAAUGGUAGAAUUUCAUGGUCAGCAAUUUCAAAUCAGCUCAAAGGAUGGCAAGCCACUUUUUACAGUGGAUGAAAAUGAGGUUGUAAUUGGCACAGAUAAACUUCGAGUCACAGGGCCUGAAGGAGCACUUUUUGAGCACUCUGUAGAAACCCCACUUGUGAAGGCAGAGGCUUUUAAACAACUUAGACUGGAAUCACCAACUCGAUCUUUGAGCAUGGACGCACCAAGAGGAAUUAAUAUCAAAGCACAAGCUGGGAAUAUUGAAGCUCUUUCCCAGAUGGAUAUCAAACUACACAGCAGUGAUGGUGUGCUUUUGCUUGAUGCUGAAACCGUGCGAUUGCCUAAAUUGCCGGAGGGUACAAGAGGCGGAUCUGGUACUUCUCAGGGGCUCUAUGAGAUCUGCGUUUGUCCAGAUGGAAAGCUCUACCUGUCAGUGGCUGGCGUGGGCUCCACUUGCCAAGAAUACAGCCGUGUCUGUCAAUAAAGCACCAGAAAAUGCCACAUAUUCCCUUGCUAUUCUGAGUUUUAUAUCAUUGCUAACAGAGCAUUACUGAAAGAGGAAAUUUAAAAAACAAAGCACUUCAGUUUAGGAAGCAGAUAUGUAUCUAGAAACCUGGACUACAGGGUGAAAGGAGAACCAGAAGAGCACAAAUGACACCUUAGCUUCAGAAAAAUGACUUGAAUCAAAUGAAACGUUCUGGCAGUUUUGAAAUCAGCCAUACAGAGAACAUAAGAAAAAAUAAAAAGAACACUGAACUAUUGUUCAGUCAAAUGAUUAUGUUAUUGUUAAUAUUUUUGAUCUCCAUGUGUUUUUCUCUCACUACAUGUAAACAGUUACUGCGUUAGUAGGUGAAAUUCAUUUCGAAGGAAGUACUUGAACUAUUUGAUAAGAUAAAGCAUUAUUUGGGGAACUCAGAAAGUGCCAGCAAAUGGUCUAUGCAAUUUUGUUCUUGCAAUAACACAAAAUACGAAAGAAAAUGUGUUUGUAUGAGUUGUGUGCAAAAUGUGUUAGUUUUCUGAUUUUUUGAGUUUUCUGUUUUGAUUUGGCAACUUAAAUAUUGAUUUGCCUAUUACUGAGUCACAUAAAAACAGAUUAACAGAAAAAGCUCCAGAAGUUACUAAUUUAUACCUUCCUGUGUCUUCAAAGCUGUUAACUGUACAGAAAUGUGUUAGUAUAUUUUAUAAUAGAAAUAGUUUAUUGUGCUGCCUGUACCAUCAUACUCAUUUAAACCCUUUUAUAUUUUAGGAUAUGCUAAUUCAACAAGGCUAUUUGCUCUGCCAGUUGGACUAGUAAAAAGAAAAUCUCUAAUGUAGCUCCAGCUUGUCUGAUACAAGGAACUGUAUGGGCUGUGGGAGAAAAAACAUCCUUUCUUGUCUGCAGAUUGGAUUAAGAGGACUGUGUCACUUCCAUCUGCAGCUGUUGACUGCUCUUUCUGAUCCCAUCAAAGUGGGACCCCAUCACAAAAACAGAGAGUAAAAGUACUUGUUAUUUUUUACAUUAGGACUUUGGAUAUAGAGUAAAUGCUCACCAGAGCUGACAAACCAUUUAUUGACCUUGUAGAGAAACAUGACUGCAGACCCAUUUCCCUGUACAGUGUUGCACUGAAAUCACAAAUAAAUUGUUUGCACACCUUUGGAUAGCAGGAUUUGUAAUUAAUAAGCUGUUGCUUAAACAUCAUGGGUUUUUAAUCCCCUUGAUGCUAUUUUGUAUAUAUUUGAUGAUACUAUUACCUAGUUAGGAGCUGCAGUCACAUAGUGCCUUGGUGUCUUUUUUACAAUAAAAACUUAAACAUUAA